AUGGAGACCCGCCAGGCGCCCAGGAGCCCCCGAGUGCGGCUGCUGCUGCUGAUUCUGCUGCUUGUGCCCUGGGGCGACCACACUGCCUCGGGAGUCGCCCUGCCCCCCGCGGGGGUCCUCAGGUACCUGCCCUCCGCCCCCCCCGGGCGGGCCCGGGAGGGCCCCGCCCCCCCGCUGUCGCGGCGGAGCCUGGCGUUGGCUGACGACGCGGCCUUCCGGGAGCGCGCGCGGCUGCUGGCCGCCCUCGAGCGCCGCCACUGGCUGAACUCGUACAUGCACAAGCUGCUGGUGCUGGACGCGCCCUGAGCGCGGUGCCCGCCCAACCUCAAUAAAGAUCCUCCCCAAUGCCUCGGGUCUGCGCCUCCUUCCUGCGCCCUCCGUGUGCUCGCGCGGGGUCUGGGGGCGGGGCUUGCGUCGCUACUCCAGCGGACCUCU